GCAUAAAUUUGACUUUUGCGCUAACGGAAGAGGAAGAGAUCGCGAGAAACGACGCGGUCACAAAGGAGACUCAAAAAGGUUUGAAAAUAGCGGAAAUUACAGACAAUUGAAAACCCUUCGAGAUGCUGGGAAUGUCGGUGCCAGUGCAGCUCACCAAAAUGCGCAACAGCGCCGAGGCAGUGGCGUCCCUGGCCCGGGAAAAGGGCUCCCAGGGGGGCCAAGGACAAGGGCAACAGGUGGACAAAGACCUGACCACCAUUAUGGAGGAUCUGCAGCGGGAUUACGGGGACUACAAGUACACGGUCUACCGGUGUGCCAGUAAAUUUGUGGCCCUGCAAAAGAUAUUCCACACCACUAAAAUUCCGUACAAGCUUGUUCUGGCCAUUUUGGAUCGCCACAACUUGAGCGGCGGCCUGGAGCUGAUGGUUCCCCCCUUCCAGUUGACCUCGCUGCUCCACGAUGUGUACUUUGCCUGCGAAAAGCUGGGCCACUUCAACCAGGAUGCGGACUAUCAACUGGACAGGGCCACCGGCCUGCUGGCCAACUUCUUUUGGAAUGUCUACGAUCCGCAACGCAGGCAUUCCAUUUCCCUGCUGGAGAUCAAGAUCACCUUCAUAAUGCUCUGCAAGCUGUACAGCAGCGAUCACCUGGUGGGCGACUUCUUUGCCCUGCUGGCGGACCCCAAGUCGCAGAUCAUCUCCAGAUACGCCUUCGAACAGCUCUUGGCCACGCUGAGCAAGUUGCUCAGCUACUUGGGCGAGGCCAAGGCCUAUGGCGCCCACAAUCUGCCACUGGCGAUGGAGCAGAGCUUUGCCCGCUGUCCACACGGCGUUGGUGGACUUGCCGAGCCGCAGUUCCACAAACUCUGGACGGGAGCGGGUGUCCAGACGCGAUUCCUCAUCUAUGGCAAUCUGCUGGCGUUGGUGAAACGCAUCGAGGACACGGAGCAUUUGAUACACAGCAAUUCCUGUGCCGGCUGCCGCAAGGAGCACAUUGUGGGCAUUCGCUUUCGGUGCCAGGUGUGCCGGGAUAUAUCCCUGUGCCUGCCCUGCUUUGCGGUGGGCUUUGCCGGUGGUCGCCACGAGCCGGGGCAUCGGAUGUGCGAGGUGUUCGUGGAGGAUCAGCCGCCGUUGCGUUGGACCCGCCACCUGGCCAAGCUGUGCAGCUGGCUGGUAAUGCCACGGAAGAGGCACGAGGAGGAGCGUCGUGGCUUCUGCAAUGCCCAGGAGAGUGGUGCCGGCCUGGGACAAUCGGCAGCCACACCCAUUCCCGCGGAGACGCGCAGUGUGCGCAGUCAGUGUCAGGAGAAGGAGAAAGACCGCACUGUGAUCCUGCAGCAGCAGCAGCAGGAGCUGUGCUCCCUGACGGGGCUAGCCAGCAAGGCCUCCAGCAGGCUGCAGUCCAUUAUUGACCGCUUGUUGCUGCAGAAUGCGAAACUGGAAACCCAGCUGCAAACGGUGGCCACAGCAUCCAGUUCGGAAAUCUCGCAGUUUCUCAGCGCCCAUCAGAGCUUUCUGCUGCAGAUCAUCGAGGAUAUGCGUCAGCUAUCGCACUCUUCUGUGGCAGCUUCACCACCUGUUCCGGUUCCUGCGGUGGCUCCUUCAGCUGCUCCUUUGGUCAGCUCCACUUUCCUUAGCUCCAGCACGCCGCAGAGGCAGAUUUUCGAUAUGUAUGCACCCGUGGGUGCCAACCUCACGCACUCCAUUAAUGGCGCCGACUUGAAUCGCAGCUACUUGGAGGCCAACAAAUCGGAUUAUUCGCUCAACGACAUUAGUUUGUGGUUCGAUCAGCGUCGCUUGAGUGGGCAGCCAGGUCCUGGAUCCCUGCCGGCUCCACUGACGCUGCCCAUGCCGCUGGGAGCCCUGCUGGAGCAGCAGCCAGCAAGCGGAGGGGAAGGACGCGACACCGAGAUGGUGAACUUCAAGCUGCUGCUGCACAAGGUCAAGGAGAUCGUCGAGGACUCGUACAGCGACAAUGCCGAACUGUCGGCGGCCACGCAGAAUCUGGAGAACGUCCUGGACAGCAUCAUCAAAAGCGAGGAGCAGCAGCGGCGCAUUAGCACGUAAGGAUCAGGGUGCCACUGCGCCCUUAUAUCGAUUCCAGCCAGACCAAGUCCACUUAGCCCUAAGGUGUAAAUGUUACGAAAAAUUCGGACACAAUGAUAUCCAAAAUCAUGCAUAUAUUAUACACUUUAUAUAGGAAUUUUCCGAUCCUAAACAAAAAUGCUUUAAAUUUCACAUAAAUGCUUUAAGU